AUGGUCCUAAUUCCAUCCCAGACUCCACCCACCAUCCUGAUGGCCAUGCUGGACCAGAUUCCCACAUGGCGACCAAUAUCUUAUCCACACAGAUGGGCCACCACAUGUCCUCCGACAAUGAAUGGGACAGCAGAGGCUGAAGGAGGCCGGGAUGAAGCCGAGGAACUUGAGUUACUGCCUUCUGACCUCAUCGAUGCUGGGUUUGCCCCGAACAGGUAAGUGAGUACCGACCUUUAUGACACUUAGUUCUCUCUUUUAGAACGUAGAACAAAUAUACGGACUCCCUGUUCAGAGACAUGGGAGAAGGAGUUAAGAGUGGAAGAAGGAACAGAACAGUUUUUUAAAAUUGAGUUUAAAGGGGAGAAGGUAGAAUAGGAGAUAGAUAGUCUACAAAAUCUGCCAUCUGAUUCUUAUUCAUUAAAGCACAAGUGGACUAAGCUAGAAGAUGAGGAUCUUGAUUUCCGGGCCACUGAUGCCUAUUUGUAGUCGUAAGCCAACUGUUCUAUUUUGCAUAGGUCUCCUCUUCCUACUGCAAUCUUAUACAAUGGUCUCAAAACUGCAGAAGAAGGAAAUACUGUGCUGAAUGAUACCACGGCCAGAUCAAAUUAA